GUCACUCAGUGGUGGCGUAGAAGAAGAAAGGCCCCCCGAAGAAGACUUCUGCGCAUGCGUAGUGGCCAAGCAGUGAACAUUGGCCAAGUAGACGUUAGCAGUGCAAAGUACGUGGCAGAAAGCUGUUCUGAUGGAGGUCGCUGCUUUAGUCGCCCUGACUGUGUUAUUAGGAGCUCUGGUGAUCAUCGUAGCGUUAGCGGUGGGCCGACGGAAAGAAGAGAUCCGGGAGGAGCAGGAGCAGGCGGCCGAGUUCACCGCUGAAGGCAGCGUAACGAAAGCCCCAGCAUCCAAGAAACCCAAGCCGGAGAAGCAGCGCAGCCGGAAGGACAAAGCUGCACAGCACACGUUCAGCCACCAACUGCUGGCAUCCUCACUGAAGAGCCACAGUGGGAAUGUGACGUGCCUUGAUUUUAGCAGCAACGGGAAGUACCUGGCCUCCUGCGCCGACGACCGUACCGUCCGGAUCUGGAGCACAAAGGACUUCCUGGACCGAGAACACAAGUGCCUGAGGGCCAACGUGGAGCUGGAUCAUGCUACACUAGUUCGUUUCAGCCCGGACUCCAGGGCGUUCAUCACCUGGUUGGCGAACGGAGAUUCGAUUCGAAUCUUCAAAAUGAGCAAAAAGGAGGACAGCACGAUGAGCUUUAAAGCUGCAGCGGAGGACUUUCCACAGAAACACAAAGCACCCAUCCUCAACAUUGGCAUCGCAGAGACAGGAAAGUUCAUCAUGAGUGCCUCCACUGACACCAACAUCCUCAUCUGGGACCUGAAAGGAGAGGUGCUGGCCUCCAUCAAUACCAACCAAAUGACCAACUCUUAUGCUGCCAUCUCCCCCUGCGGCAGGUUUGUUGCAUCUUGUGGCUUCACUCCUGACGUGAAAGUGUGGGAGGUUUGCUUCGGAAAAGGAGGAGAGUUCAAGGAGGUGGCUCGAGCUUUUGACCUGAAGGGUCACUCUGCAGGAGUCCACGCAUUCGCCUUCUCCAACGACUCACACAGAAUGGUGACGGUCUCCAAAGACGGCACGUGGAAACUGUGGAACACAGACGUUGAGUACAAAAAGCAGCAGGACCCCUACCUCCUGAAGACAGUGCCUUGUGCUUCAUCCGACGGUAGCCGGGCGGCUUUGUCUCCAGACGGCCGGGUGGUGGCCGUCAGUAACGGUUGUAACGUGGCCAUGUACAGCGCCGCCAGCGGGGAGCUGGAGGAGGAGAUGCACGGCGUCCACAGCGAGGAGAUCACCGACCUUAGAUUUGACAUUAACGGGCGCUUCUUGGUGUGCAGUGGGGACAAGGCCAUCCGGGUGUUUCACAACGCCCCUGGAUACAGGGCAGCCAUCAAGGACAUGCAGAACAUGCUGAAGAAGGCCCAGAAUGAGGCCAUGAAGCAGAGACUGCAGCAGCAGAUUGCAGAGGCUCAGAGCGCCUUGGACACUGUGCUGGCUGGUCCUGUGGACUAAAGUCACUCAAAGAAACCAUGCUCUGAAUGUGAAAGUGUCUGAACCGGACUGCUCAUCUCUUUUUGCAACUACAACUCUUCUCUGACACUAAGUGAUCUGGUGUGGGAGUGGGAUUUGCAUGCCGUUUUAAUAAAGGAUAUCUUUUUAUGCAAAGUUUAA